GCAACCCGAGCAGCUGAUUCAGAGCGAACAGGCGGGACGGUCUCAUCAAAGAUGCAGAAGUGCUUUGGGAUUUUUUGCGUGUCGCUCAUCUUUUGCGCAACUCUGUCUGAGACCAUCGGCUUGGUCAUUGGGGCGAAGGAGAAACGUGGCUGGACACUGAACAGCGCUGGCUACCUGUUAGGUCCCCGUCGUAUUGAUCACCUAAUUCAGAUAAAGGAUUCUCCCACAACCAGAGGCAGAGACGAGCUGGUCACUCAAUAUGGAAUUGAUGGACACAGGACACUAGGAGACAAGCCGGGUCUGGCUGGCAAGAGGGACAUGGGCCAGGAGGAGGACUUCAGAACAGGUGCUCUGAGAAUAGCAGAUGGAGACAUCAUUCACACCAUCAUUGACUUCCUGUCUUAUCUAAAGCUUAAAGAGAUGGGAGCCUUGGACAGCCUGCCUUCCUCUGUGACAUCCGACGAACUGGCCAAUCCCUAAUGUGUCAGCCUCUCCGCAGUUCAUCUGUUCAUCUCCAUCUACCUAAGUCUUUGUUUCUGCUGUCUGGGCCCCCCUCUGCCCUGAACAUACCUUACUGUAGCUCCAUUCACACUCUGACACUGGA